UACAAGUAUCACAACUCCGGUUGUUUUUGAUCAAGUGAGGACAAACGGAAGAAAGUUUCGAUGUCUGUCUGAGUUCAAUGAAUUGCGCCGAUCAUCUCUUUACACCAUGUGGUUUAUUUUAGCAGGAGUCGUGAUUCUGUGGUGUACUAUAGAUGCCGCAGCACUUGGUGGCAGGACAGUUCCAGAUUUCGGAAGGACGUAUCACGUUAAAGGUGUGAUAUCAUUGCCUUAUGCUGAGAUCAAAGAACCGUUUGAGGCGUGGUAUGAUCUCGAGGGCAAGAAAAGUCGAAUCGAUUAUUAUCAUGGUCAGGUGAGCACUUUUCAGAUCGGGACUGACUUGCAUUAUGGUGCCCUCUACAAAAUCACUCCAGUGACCACUGAGACAGAAAUCAAUGUCAUGAAGUGUUUCCAGCUCAAUGGCACCAAAGAUGAGCCGGUACUUCCACAGGGAGCCCUGCCUGACCUUCAGGGUUUUCAGUUUGAAACGAUAGAAUAUUACGGAGGUGCUUUGUGUGAGGUCUGGAAAAAUACCACAGUGGUUGGCCAUAAGACGAACACAUAUCGUCUAUGGGUGACGCGUCCGGAGGGAAACGAUUCCCCGGCCAAACCCUGGCACUACGAGAUGAUGGGCUUCAACACACUUUUGGGCUCCCACUACGACAAGUACCUUCUAGACUACAGUGACUACAGCCCCCAGAUGGACCCCAGCAUUUUCAAACUACCUGAAGGAAUGAACUGUGGAAAUUUUCCUGGUCCUGGUGUGGAGCAUCGUCUAUUAGCCAAUCCCAUUCAAGAUCUUGUUCAUACUUCCCCUGUUGGCCACGCCCACCAUAUGUUCGGUCACUUUAAGGAACAGUAUAAUCGUCAAUAUGACAGCGAGGAGGAACAUGAGGAACGUGAGCACAACUUUGUACAUAAUGUCCGGUAUGUUCACUCUAUGAACAGAGCUGGACUUUCGUUCUCUCUUUCUGUGAAUUAUAUGGCUGAUCGAUCAGAGGCAGAAAUGGCUGUGAUGAGAGGAAGUAAAGGCAGACGGACUUACAGAAAGGCUCAGCCGUUUCCCUCUGAAAUUUGCUCUGUGGCCAUCCCUGAUUCGGUGGACUGGAGGCUGUAUGGUGCAGUGACCCCAGUGAAAGAUCAGGCUGUGUGUGGAUCCUGCUGGAGCUUUGCCACCACAGGAACACUAGAGGGAGCACUUUUCCUUAAGACAGGGACGCUAGUGUCAUUGUCCCAGCAGAUGCUUGUGGACUGUACAUGGGGUUUUGGAAAUAACGGUUGUGAUGGAGGAGAGGAGUGGAGAGCGUAUGAGUGGAUGAUGAAACAUGGUGGUAUUUCUUCAGCAGAAAACUAUGGAGCAUAUAUGGGCAUGAAUGGUUUGUGUCAUUACGAUAAGACAUCCUUGCUGGCGAGGGUGAACAGCUACACAAACGUGACCAGUGGUGAUAUUGUGGCACUGAAGGCUGCCAUCUUUAAAUUCGGCCCUGUAGCGGUCAGCAUUGAUGCUGCUCACCGCUCUUUUGCCUUCUACACCAAUGGAGUCUACUACGAACCAGCAUGCAAAAAUGGAACUGAUGACUUGGAUCAUGCUGUGCUGGCAGUUGGUUAUGGGAUCCUGAGAGGCGAGCCGUACUGGCUAGUGAAGAACUCCUGGUCGACUUACUGGGGGAAUGACGGUUAUGUACUAAUGUCUAUGAAAGACAACAACUGUGGUGUGGCUACUGAUGCUACAUAUGUUACGUUAUCUUAAUACACACAUCCUUUUAAAAAUCAAAUGACGCCACUAAAUAAAGUUUUUUUUUUUUUUUUUUUUAAUGCAGUAUUCUGUAUACUAGGACAAUUGUUCACAGUUUUAUUGUGGUUCAGUUGAAAUGUUAAUGAACGGAAAAUCUUAACUAAAUGCUUGUUUGUAAAUUAUAUGCUUUUCAACAUGCAGCUUUGGCAGUAGAACCUUUAGAAAACACUUUCGCACAGGCAGGGGUCAGCAAUUACAAUGCUUACAAGUGCCCUUAUCAAACUUAUUCAAUGUUAUUUAACAUUGGAAGAAAAAUUGCAUAAAAAGAUAAUUUCUAACAAAUGACUGCAUGCAGUACUACCAUUCCUUUCGAAAAUAUAAUGUAAAAUUAAAAAUUUGACGUGUGACUGAGGUUUGACCAUGUGACCUUCAACAUCAGUUUUUCUCUGUAAUAGUAUUACAAUAAUUGUCUCAAAAAAGUAAGAUUGAACCCCACAGGCUAAAAUAUCAAUACAGCAGG